AUGAAAUUAUUGAAUAACAACGACGAUGACGAUGAUUUUGUUUUGUUAGAUGAGAAGAAGGAUUCGAUAUGCGAAGAAGACGGUGUGUUUAUUGAAAUAAAAAAGCUUGGAGGGAACUCUCGCAGGAUUCGGUCCAAAAUCGGAAUAGAAGCCAGCCUGGAUACCGUUUGGAACAUCUUGACUGACUAUGAGAAGCUGGCUGAUGUUAUUCCAGGACUUGCUGUCAGCAAAGUUGUUGAAAAGAAUGAUAAAUUUGCCCGACUUUUCCAGAUUGGACAGCAGAACUUGCCAUUGGGUUUGAAAUUCAAUGCAAAAGGAGUUAUAGAUUGUUACGAGAAAGAUGUUGAGAUGAUACCAAAUGGGAAAAAGCGUGAAAUCAAAUUCAAGAUGAUUGAAGGUGACUUCACCAACUUUGAAGGAACAUGGUUGAUUGAAGAGUUCAAUAAAAGAAAGAGUGAAGACGAUGAAGAAUGGCAGACAACGCUUUCGUAUUUAGUAGAUGUAAAGCCCAAGAUGUGGUUGCCGGUUCGUCUAGUUGAAGGCAGGCUUUCUAAAGAGAUAAAGACCAACCUUUCGUGUAUACGUGAAGAAGCCAAGAAAGUUUUAACUCCUUGAAGUUAU